GUCAAGCGAAGGAAGCCCGCGCAAAGCAGCAGCAGCCGAGCCUGCCCGGGGCCGGAGGCGAAGGAAGCGAGAGCGGCGCAAGAGCGCUGCCGGGAGUAGGCGAGCCGCCCGCUCUGGCCCCGUGCCACCGAGAGGAGGGGCAGCGAAUCCCCAGAGCCCAUUAAAAAGCCAGGCUUUAACAGAAGCCAGGCGAAGCAAACACCUCCAUAGAAGGCAACGGAGCAGCCGCGGCUACCGGGAGCGCCUUCCCCAGCGGCCGGAUCUUGCUUUCCCUCCGCAGCCGAGCGAGAGGCCCGCGACGAGUCCAACUGGAAGGGCUUCGCCUGCUGAAACCCCCGAGCUUCCGCCCUCCCCUCGCCAGGGUCGCCGCAGACGCAGAGCCCAGCAGCGAUCGAGCGGGUGCGCGCGCGCGCGCGCCUGGAUGAAGCGGCUGGAGCGGUGAGCAGCGAAUCUCGCGCGCCCGCCCGCCCUCCCUCCCCCUGCAAGAUGAGUGCUGCGCUCCCCAGCCUUGUGGCCUGGCUGGCCCUUUUGCUCCUGGGAAGGACGGACCGCCUCGCCGACGCCUGCAGCUGCUCUCCGGUGCAUCCGCAACAGGCGUUUUGCAAUGCAGAUGUAGUGAUCAGAGCAAAAGCUGUUUCUGCGAGAGAGGUAGACUCUGGUAAUGACAUCUAUGGAAAUCCCAUCAAACGUAUCCAGUAUGAGAUCAAGCAGAUAAAGAUGUUCAAAGGACCUGACCAGGACAUUGAAUUCAUCUACACUGCUCCUUCAUCAGCAGUAUGUGGGGUGACACUGGAUGUUGGCGGCAAAAAGGAAUAUCUCAUUGCGGGAAAAUCUGAGGGCAACGGCAACAUGCACAUUACACUGUGUGACUUCAUUGUCCCUUGGGAUUCCCUCAGCGCUACUCAGAAGAAGAGUCUAAACCAGCGAUACCAAAUGGGCUGUGAGUGCAAGAUCUCCCGCUGCCCCUCCAUCCCUUGCUAUGUCUCUGCUCAGGAUGAAUGUCUGUGGACUGACUGGGUGACUGAGAAGAACAUCAAUGGGCGGCAGGCAAAGCACUAUGCCUGCAUCAAGCGAAGUGAUGGUUCGUGUGCAUGGUACCGUGGAGUGGCCCCACCUAAGCAAGAGUUUCUUGACAUUGAGGACCCCUGAGUCCCCAGCGCCAUGGCAGUCCAGUAGCAACAAAGCCUGCAAGAAAUUAGACUGGUCCACCUCUGACAUCAUUUCCUGGAAACAGCAUGAAAACAAGGUCUCCUGGGCAGGCACUGUGGUGAUGGAGGGGAGGGGCAAAAGGAGAUGUCUAAGCCACUUAUAGGUUGGUUUGUUAGCUUCCUCCCCUGUGUUGGGUCAACAAAUGGUUUCUUAUAACUGGGAUCACAGUUAUCAACAUGCGAAGGCAUAAUCGGGGGGGAACCAGAAUGAACAGUACGAAUGGCUGAGAAGUAUUCCCUCUGAUUCUGUGUAGCAGGCCUACCAGGUUCUUAUUGUUUUGAGAGAGGGCAGCCACCACUCUGGGGACAGCUCCCAUCCCAACCCUACUGGCUUCUGCUUGUGUAAAAUGCUAUCUUCCCCUUUAUAUACACACAUGCACACACAGAGCACAAAUUGAACUCCACCCUCAGUGCUUCAGAAUCAUUCCCUUCUCUGCCACAUGCACACACAGCUAAUGGACUGAGAGCAAAUCUAGCCCCCCAACGCAAAAGAGGAUUGAUUUGCCACAAUACUGGUGAGCACUGCAUUCCCCUUUCUAUUGCAAAGCAUCCUGCUCCUGAGUGCUGCAAGAACAAAGGGGCAUUCCCUACUUUUAAGAACAAUAUUUUGGUGACUAGUUGGGUCACAAAGUUAGUUAAUGGAUAUUAAACCGCUGCUGUGUGUAUGGGAUAGCUGUGUGCAGAUUUUAGUACUGCACUCUCAAGUAAAAAGCUUUAAUAAAAGAAUAUUCAUGUGGGAAGCUGGGUUACCUAUCAGGUCUCUCAAUCAACCAUUUGCUGUAUCUACUUCCUACAGCAUGCUUGUGCCAUAAAUGUAAAUCUAGUGCCAAAGCCCUUUCCAAUCAGUGGAAAGACUCACGGUUCCUUUUUAGUAUUGGUAGAUCAAAGGGGCCCUUCUUCUCCCCCUACCUGAAAUGUCAUGCUAUUUUACCAUGACCAUGCGUCAAGCUCUUUAGCCUGCACAGUACAGAAGUGAACCUUUGUGGAAAGAACUGCCCUAGAAGUGAGAGUUUGUGUCCCCCUCCCAAAAAUGUGAUCACGGGAGCCAGAAAGUCGAGGCACACCUAUCUAAACUGUGAUUAUAAAUUUUCCUUUGGAGUCACAAAAUGAACACUGGCUGCCUGCAAAGUAAUCACAUCAUCCAGCUCUGUUUCCAGAUUUUCUGAGCCAGCUUUGUUUCUUUGCUGUGGCUCCCAAGCUCUUCUUAGCCAUCCCCAUUUGCAAGACCCCAAAAUCAACUGGGAGGGUGCCCAGAAGUACUUUCAGCCAGAUCUGCCUCCCCAUGGCCUUUUCAUGCUGUUCAUCAAGGUAACUUUUAAAAAGAUGUCAUAUUGGACCAGUCUGUUUGAUUUUCAGUAUAUUUAAAAAAAGAAAAAAAAUCUGUUCAAUCCAAUAUAAGACUCCUGUUUUUGCCUCCUGUAUGGUUAUAUCAUAUGUGACAUUUACCUCUCUCUGCUGAUACUCUUUGAUUGUAAUGUUUUCCAUUUGUUUUUGCAAUCAGAUGUAUCAUUCCUGUGCUCUAUUAUUAUUAUUAUUAUUAUUUUAAAUUUCCUUGUUUAGCUGUUAGAUUUGCACUUACUAUUUUUAAAGGGGUUCUGCAUUGGAAGCUUUCAACAUACAGUGGGAAGAAUGUUAAAAUGUAUGGAGGAUAGAGACCUCCAGUUAUGUUGAAAUGCCAGUGGCGGUAGUAUUUCUCCUUCUGUCUUCCUCCUCCUGCCCCUACAACAGGCACAGACUUUUUCCAAAGGUUGGAGGCUGGCUGUGAUGUAUGACUGCUUCUUGCUAGCCAAAUUGCAGUCCUAGAACCUGCCAGGGAAUAAGAUCAACUUGCCAUUCCAGUAGCUGUAUGAAAAGCAUCCAUUGUUUAAAAAUCUAUUUAUGGAAAAAGCAGUUAUCAAAGGCUCUUCAUUUGGCUUAAUUUAUCACUUGGCUUCUGGUGCCACUCUGAACCUUCACGGAAACACAUAAGAACACACAAAUAUACAGGUUCCCCUUCUUCCUCAUGCCGGCAACUCAAAAUAUUUAAAAGAAAGUUUACAUUAUUUUCAAAUCUUUGCUUAGUAAGUAUGGAAAAUAAGUAUCUAACUUGCAGCCAUAAUUUAAAGCUUAUUGGGGAGCUGGGAUGUUGUUUGGUGGGUGAAGUAAUAUUGGGGGGUGGGGGGAUCUUUUUUUUUUCUGUUGGAUUCUGAAAGCUGAGAUUUUCUUGUGCUGGGAACACAUGAAAGUUGUUGAAUAGACAAGCAGACUGUGCAUGUCUCAGACGCUUUGUAUAAUUCAUAAGUGGACAUUUGAGUCUUCGGACAAUAAACAGUAUUAUCAAAUAAAA